GGAUAAGGUUGCAAAGAUAUUUAGCUGAAAAAGUUGGACCAGAAAGAUAUUUUUUGGUGCUAAUUACCCCACAGAGGAAGAAAUCAAUAAAUGAUACAAGGAAAUGUCAAAUUAUAAGCAAAGCCUCUGUUUAUAAAUUAUAAGCAAACCCAAUUGAGAUUUAGGCAAAGGAAAACCAAAAUGGAGUGUUGCAGAAGGGCAAACAGAAGUGACAUUCACUUACCAAUGGAAGAAGAAGCGAAAAUAGAAGAAGAAACAAGAGAUUACUUUGAUGGAAUGGCUCCUAAACGCCAUACGAAGCCUUCACGCAGCGAACAUUCAGCUCAGUAUGUAGAUGUUCUUCUUCCUCACCAAAAUUCAAUUCCUGAGUUGCUUCAAUUUCAAAGUCUCCAAACUGAAUCUGAAUCUCAGGAAAUAAUUCACAAUGGAAAAGGUGAAAUUGGAGAGGAGUUUGUGGAGACAGAGUACUAUAGUGAUCUCAACUGCAUUGACAAGCAGCACCACACGACAGGAACAGGGUUCAUCAAAACGGGGAAUGCCAAUGGCAAGUGCUUUAGCAUAGCACCAGACUCUGUGACCUCUUGUCAUACCUCUUGUCAAGGAAACCCAGCAACUAAUGAUUGGAUUCCAGCUGCUGCUAAUUCAGACAGUUUGACUGCUUCAAACAAGCCUAAGAGGAGUGACAGUUGAGAUGAAGGGUGGUUGGAGGGUGUGUUUUCAUCAAAGCUAGACCUACCUAAAUAUAAAAAUCUUCUCUACCUAUUAUGCUUACUUGUGAUAAAUGAGCGUUCAUUAUUGUUGCUAUCAGGCCAAUUUAUUUGUCCUAGUAUAAGUAUUAAUUUCACUGUAAUUGGCAAUUGGAUGCUUGUGGUAUUUUAUGCUCUCUUGUUUGAUUAUUAUAAAUCUCUCAAGUCAAAGUUCGACAAUAAUUUUUAAGCAGUUUUUA